CGAACGUUUCCCUUUAUAAUACCCUGGGCUCGCGCGUCACUUUGCUAGAUGUCCCUAAACUCCGUGUGCCAAGAUGGCGGUUGGUUGCGGGUAAAACAGAGACAGCGAUGAUACGAAAAAAGUAGCUAGACGGAGAAAGACAAUAUAUACGGUAACAGACUACAGGACAUUGGUCAUUCAUUGCCUUACAACAACGAAGGAGGGUAAAACAGCGUCAGCGGGGCGACGGAAUUAUCUCUUUCUAAUCCUUUGCCCACAUACACGCAUACACACAACAGGAAAAGAGAGAGCGACGUUAAAUUAAUCCGCCGCUGACUACAAAGUUAUAGUGGCGGGGGUGGACGACGCCAGGUAUAGAGAGAGAGAGUGUCGUGUCCUGGCUUUUUUCUCUUGCCUGUUACAAGCGGAAGCUGCGGUCCAGCGCGCUCGGAUAACCCCCAAAGCGUUCUGCUGCUCCAGAGCUAUUAAUUUUUAUUGUCGUCUAUCUCAAAUGGUGCUUCGUAGUUAAUAUGCGAGGGUACGUCGAGUGUGUGUUUACGUUCGUGAUUCCGUGCUGCUAUUGUUUACGCGUUGCUCGUGAGUGCACGAGGUUCUAACGUAAAACGGAAAUUGGUUCUCUUCAAGAGAGUCGUGCGUGAAAAAUGUGAGGUGGCACUGGCUCAGUUUGUCUGUGAUGGCAAGUUUCAACGAGCAACAUGUCCGAUAGUUUUAAUAGUUAUUUAGCAAACUUAGGAGAUGUCACCAUAGAUCAAGUUCCCCAAAGGGACCAUCCUGCAAAUACAGCACUGGAUGGUAAACAAAUUGAGCCUGAAAGUAUAAUGGAUGGUCAUCAGACCAUCAAUCAACAAGAAGAUAAUAUUGUUGAUGCCAGUGAUGAGCAGAGAAAAAAAAUAUCGUCCAACAGGAACAAUGAUAUCAAGGAGAUGAGAGCAGAAGGCUCUGCUGAUGAUAUGGAAUUGGAUGAGACUAUUGAUUCACGUAUUGGAAUGAGAAUGGAAAGCGAAAGGCAGCACUUAAGGGGGGUUCGCUCUGAUGAGGAGUUGGAAGAUGAUGAUGAUGGCAUAGAUGCUGUUAAUUUAUUGGAUUCAUUGCCGCUUGAAGGUGCACCGAUAGAAGGACAAGAGGUAUCAGAAGCCUUCCUUCUUGGCAAGGAAGAGGACGAAGACGAGGUUGAAGAAAAAUCUUCGACGCGAUCUGACGAAGGAGACAAUUUGGAGACAAGUAAACGUCUUGCUGAGCACGACGAUAAUUUCGAUUCAACUAAGAAGAAGCAAAAGAAAGAGGAUGGUUCUGAGGGUGCUAAUGACGCUGAAAACGAUAAGAAAAUGGAUAAAAAAUCGGCUAACAUGAGGAGAAACAUUCGAGAGGUGAUGGACGAGACGCAGCUUGACGAGGCAACUUUGGCUGCACAGAGACAGGAAAUGGAACGUCUUAGGAGGGUCCAGGAACAACAGAGGAUCAUUAGAGAGGUACAACGAAGACAGACUAGCCUUUUACGAAGCAAUGUUGGUGUAGAAGAUGAGUCUGAGGUUCGACUUCCUAGCUCUGUACAGUUAAAAGUAAACUCAAAUCUGUCUACUGGUGGACAAGUCUCAGUCACACAACAAUCGAAUUUAGCACCACGUCGACCAAUGUCCGAAAACUGUCGCUGGCAGAAAAGUGGUCGAGGUGGUUUCCAAAGUACACAAACAUCUAUCUCUCGAAUACCAUCUCGGGGCAACACUCAACAAUCUAACGCUCAACAACGCGUUCGUAUGAUGACACCUUCAGUCAGCAUUUCACCUGUGGUAGCAAAGAAGGAACCAGUCGAGCAUUUAGAAUAUUACACUGAUUCGGAUUUGUCUGAUGUGGACAUCGACUAUGCCGACGUUGAGGAUGAAUCGAUGUCUGAUAAACAGAUGAUUCAAGCUCGAAAGUUAUCGGCUGCUACAAAACCAGUACAAAAAGUAGGUAAAGGUAAAGAUGUGGUAACGAUAUCAAGUUCCAGUGAUAGUUCCGAUGACGAUUGCAUUGUACUGAGCGAUCCUAGCGAGACCGAAGAAACGGACAAUGAUGAAGAUCCAGCCAAUUCAGGAAUGCAUACCAACGAUCGAUAUAACGUUCCAGAUGCGCAAGGCAGAGUAUUAGUCAAUGUUGGUCAUCCAGAAGAUGAACCAGACGUGUUCCUCGCACCACAAAUCGCUCGCAUAAUUAAAGCUCAUCAAAUCGGUGGCAUUCGCUUUCUUUAUGACAACAUUGUCGAAAGUAUCGAAAGAUUCAAAACAAGUACAGGCUUCGGUUGUAUUCUCGCUCAUAGUAUGGGCCUUGGAAAGACUCUGCAAGUCGCAUGUUUUUGUGAUAUAUUCUUUCGUUGCACCGAUGCUAAGACUGUACUUUGCAUUAUGCCGAUUAACACGCUACAGAAUUGGCUGGCUGAAUUUAAUAUGUGGCUGCCGUACGAGGAUCCUAAUAAGCCUAAAGUCGAAGAGAAAGCGAACAUAAAAGAAGAAAGUAACCAAAGUGACCUUGGAUACAUGUCGCGGCAAAGUUCCGAGCACGAUUCAUCGAGCCAACAUCCACCGCCGUCAACCAUAACACCUGAAUCAUUAACGUAUCCACCAUCUCAUCCAAGUUACAACCAAACCUACAAUCCUUACGUUCCAGCAGGUAACAUGUACGAUCCCCGCUUUGGUCAACCAUACUCAGGUUAUAAACCUGAUCCUUAUGGCAUGCCUCAGUACACUUAUCCACCACCAACAGCACCAACUUAUCAAGAUCCUCAUAAUCCUUAUCCUGGUUAUGGAGUUCCCUAUCCUACUUAUGGCUCUCAACCUCCAUCACGUCCCGAUGUACCUCCGGAAGUGAAGAAGGAAAAUCCCUCUCCAACAGCAAUAAUGCCAGCAUCAACGGAGAAUCAAGUAAAAUCGGAACCCAAGGAGGAGACAAAGAAGGAAACUGAAGAACUGAAGAAAGAUGAGAAAGAUCCCGUGACGGUCAAAACACCUUUUAGUGUGGCUGCUCCGCCUGAUAUGGAAAUACGCCCGCGACACUUUGCUCUACAUAUACUCAAUGACUCUCAUAAGACAAUGGCGGCAAGAGCUCGUGUGAUUCGGGAGUGGCAAAAAGUCGGUGGUGUUUUACUUAUCGGUUAUGAGCUGUACAGACAGUUGUCGCUGAAAAAGCCAAAUAAAGCAAAGAGAAAACGCGGACAGCCAUUUAAAGAUCCUACAGCCGACGAUGACGAUAAGAAUAAACCGUUACUCGAUGAGAUGCAUACUGCACUGGUUAAUCCCGGACCUGAUUUGGUUAUUUGUGAUGAAGGUCACAGGAUCAAGAAUUCCCAUGCAAGUAUUAGCUUGGCAUUAAAACAAAUGAGAACAAAGCGAAGGAUAGUAUUGACAGGCUAUCCUCUGCAAAAUAAUCUUCUGGAGUACUGGUGUAUGGUGGAUUUUGUACGUCCAAAUUAUCUAGGUACGAAGAGCGAGUUUUGCAACAUGUUCGAGCGCCCCAUUCAGAACGGACAGUGCAUCGAUUCGACACCUCAGGAUAUAAGACUAAUGCGUUAUCGUGCCCAUGUGCUACAUUCACUUCUUGAGGGUUUCGUUCAGCGACGUUCCCAUUCCGUUCUGCAAGUCUCUCUACCUCGUAAAGAAGAGUAUAUUCUAUUAGUAAGAAUGACGCCGCACCAGAGGAAGCUAUACGAUACUUUUAUGAAUCAAGUGGUUAAAACUCGAGCUGUACCGAAUCCAUUGAAAGCUUUCGCCGUAUGUUGUAAGAUUUGGAAUCAUCCUGACGUGUUAUAUCACUUUUUGAAAAAGCGACAAGCCAACGAAGAAGAUGAUUUAGAUCUUGAGGAAACGAUAGCUGACAAGGCUGCCGCUGCCGCAGGAAUUAAACGUACACCAAAAGCGAGAGCACCCAAGGGGGAAAGUAAAAAGUCCAAGAAAGGCAGUCCGCAGAAUAAACCUGCAGCCAGUGUACAACCGAAUGCUUCAGAUAUGUCGAUGGAAAAUGGUGAGGCUGGAGAGCAACAAACUCAAGGUUUUCAGAAUUUCAAUGCACCACCACCACCACCACCACCGCCGCCGCCACCACCACCACCACCACCACCACCACCACCGCCACCACCACCACCACCUUCAACAGUUCAAGGCUCGGCAUUCACACAACAACCGCAAAAUAAGUAUCAACAGUCACAGCAAGGAGGCUAUCAGAAUUAUCAAACUGGAGAGUACAGCAAUUACUACGGCAAUCAAAAUCAACAGUCGCAGUAUUCAGCGCCUAAUAAUCCGAAUCAACAAUCUCAGUCUGCGUUCUCAGCUGCUGGGAAUCAGCCAACGCAACCAUCUUAUCCACCUAAUGGGAAUCCUACUCAGCAAGCUCAAUCAGCAUAUCCACCAGCUAACAAUCAAAGUCAGCAAACGCAGCAGCCUUAUCUACCGAAUGUCAAUCAGCCUCAGCAAAAUCAACCACAGUCAUACCCACUGACUAACAAUCAACCUCAGCAAUCAUAUCCACCAGCUAGCAAUCAAAGUUUUCCACCUUACGCACAAAACUCGAGUUAUCAACCUGGCAAUCAAAAUCAAACAUCGGAGCAAUAUCAAGCACAGCAACCACAACAACAAAAUUACACUGAGAGAUUCCCAGGGCCUUCGCCUACAGGCCCAAGUCCAUCGUCGAAUACACAGAAUUAUCGGCCUGAACAGAAUCAAUCAACAGUGGCUACACCAGGAAGUACAACAAAUUAUCAACGCCCUAAUUAUCCUUACCAGAAUACGGAGAAUACAAGUUAUCAAGGACAAACAUACUCGCAGGCGGGUGGUUAUCAAAAUCAACAGUCAAAUCAGAUGACAUCGUCAAAUUACGGUUCUUAUCCACCGACUAAUCAGGGGUACGGUAGUACAAGUCAGCCAAUGCAAAAUUAUCCUGCUGGUUCUCAACAACAGCAACAGCCACCGAGUCAAAGUACGAAUUACCAGCAAUCGCAACAACAGCAAAGUCAAAUUGGAGCUGGAUAUCAGCAACAAUCCUCAAACCCACCUGCUCCGAAUUAUCCACAGAACCAACAAACUCCUGGUCCGUACUCGCAGCCAUUAAGUGCGCAAACAAAUCAACAAUAUUCCAGUCCGACUCCGCAAAAUCAAUCAUACGCUAACGUUGGAACACAAUUAUAUGCGAAUUCAACGAUACAACCACAGAAUCAACAGUAUUCGGGUGCAAAUACACAGCAGCCUAAUCAAUCGUACUCGAGCUCGACACCACAACUACAUCAGCCGUACGCUAACAGCACGGCACAAAGUGGUCAGCAGCAAAGCUCUUCAACUCCUAUGCCAAAUCAAUCUCACUCAUACACUGGAACUCCAAAUGUAACACCGAAUCCAGUUACUUCGCCGAAUAUGGCAUAUAAUUCCAAUCAAGCGCAGCAUCAGCAGCAGCAGCAGCAGCAACAACAGCAGCAGCAGCAGCAGCAGCAGCAGCAGCAGCAGCAGCAGCAGCAGCCAAAUCAACAACAAGGUUAUCAAACGAAAGGAUUAAAAGGAGGACAUCAAGAUUCGACUUUGAGCUAUCCACAGAAUCAGGUACCACCUAGUACAGUGCAGCAAACUCAAUUUGGUUAUGGCAAUCAACAACAAAAACAACAGUCUUAUCAACAAUCAACACAGCAACAACAAUCGCAGUCGCAACAGUAUCAACAACCUGUGCAGCAGCCACAACAGCAGCAGCAACGACAAACACAAUAUCAACCACCGCCUGUACAGCAGCAGCCGCAACAGCAGGCACAGCAGUAUCAACAACCAGUGCAGCAGCAACAGACUACACAAUAUCAACAACCUCACGGUUACAAUCAACCAGUUCCAGCUUAUCAACCGACAAACCAGUCACAGCAAACGCCGCAGCAGGGUUCAAUCGGUUAUCAACAAAAUCAAGCAGGAUCGACUAAUUCAUCUGUCCAAACGACGUACAACUAUCAACCGCAAUCAAACCAGCCAGUUCAGAAUUAUCAACAACCUUCUCAAACAAUUAAAACUGAACCAGGCUACAGUUAUCAACAAACUGGAAACAAUUUCUCAUCAACGACAAAUAAUCAUACUCCAAUGCCAGCAUCCAAUCAAACGCCCAAUACUCAGCAGCCACCAACGCAAGGACAAAAUCAAUAUUGGCAAGGAAAUUAUCAGAAUCCAAACAAUCCUUACUACAAUCAAAAUCAAUCUAACCAAUAUCAAACAAAUUAUCAAGCUGAAACGAGUGGUAAUUAUCAAACAAAUCAGCAGCUGAGCCAGUAUCAAAAUUAUCCGCCCGAUACGAAACCACCUCAACAAAAUCAAACGUCUCUACAGCCUGUACCGAACAAUCCUGGCACUAAUUAUAAUAAUACAACAUCUGUUCAAAGUAUUCCAGAACCGUCGAAAGACGAAGAAAAAUGUAUCAUUGAUCAAGAUAAAAACAAACUGCCAGAUAAAGAUAAAGACAAAGAAGAUAAAUCCGACGACGAGACUGUUCUUAAAGACGAUGUGGAAAAAGAUAAAUGUUCGCCUACUGGUUUACCUAACUCGAUGAACGUGUUUAAAGAUCAAGAGCCAGGAAUCCCUUAUGACUGGGCAACAGAAUUAAUGAAGGGUUACGUACCUGGUUUGAUCGAUGCUUCAGCUAAAAUGACAAUUUUCUUUUGUAUCCUUGAAGAGGCAAUUCGCCUUGGCGAUCGUAUUCUUGCAUUUUCGCAAUCGCUCUUUACGCUUAAUCUAAUCGAAGACUUUUUAGCAAGAAACGAUUUCAAAUACGCUGAUGGUAAGACUGAAUCUUGGGCGAAAAAUACGAACUAUUACAGACUGGAUGGUAGUACUAGUGCUUUAGAGCGAGAAAAGCUCAUCAACGAAUUCAACGCUAAUCCUAAGAUUCAUUUAUUCCUCGUAUCGACAAGAGCUGGUUCGUUGGGAAUCAAUCUUGUUGGAGCUAAUCGAGCGAUAGUAUUCGACGCAUCGUGGAAUCCUUGCCAUGACACUCAAGCGGUGUGUCGAGUUUAUCGUUACGGUCAGCAGAAAAAUUGUUACGUCUAUCGUCUAGUAACGGACAAUUGCCUUGAACGAAAAAUUUACGAUCGCCAGAUUAGUAAACAAGGCAUGUCAGAUCGAGUUGUAGAUCAAUGUAAUCCUGAUGCUCACUUGUCUCUCAAAGAAGCUACAACAUUAAAUUGGGAUUGGGAGGAAGAUAGUGAUCCUCAAGACUUUUCUGAAGCCAAGGACAAUUUUCCUGAUGAAGUGAUGCAUAUUGUUUUGGAGAAAUACUCGACUUUAUUGACGAAACAACCAUUCCAUCAUGACAGUUUACUAGUCGAUAGGAAGGAUAAGAAACUUAGUCAAGCGGAGAAGAGACUGGCUAGGAGAGGAUAUGAGCUUGAGAAAAUGGCUGCUACAUCGAGACCGAGUUAUAAUUAUGUACCUGGAAAUACUGCGGCUAGAGUGUCCGUACAAUCAGGCAAUUUACAAAUAAGGCAAAUCCGUGACGGACCAACGCCUAAGCCCGUUGCAUCAGUACGACCAAUGCAACAGCGUGGCGCUGAAGGACUAUCACGUAAUCCCGGCGGUAGCAGGUGGAUUCCCGCAGAAGUCUGGCAGCGUCAAGGCAUGAGCGCUCAAGAAAUGACUCUACCACUUGAUGUUGUUAUUCCAACAAAUUCACCCGAUAAAGGCAGUAUUGUGUUGAAGGCUGGACAAAGAGUUAUGGUGUUGAAGAGUCCUAAAGGAAUUUAUAUGCAGUUAGAAUCUGGUAAAAUUAUUGCCAUUAGGACUGCACUUAAAGUUAAUCAGGGAGGAAAGAAAGAUGAAGAACCGUCGAAAAAGGGUAUUACUCCGGUGCCACAUAGAAACAACGUGAACAAAGGAGAAGUAAGUUUUCCUUUGCGAAACAACUCGGCGAUUUCAAUCAUACCCAAGUCUUCAACGUCCAGUGUACCAUUACAACCAAGUCGUCCAAUGGCCAUGAGAACGGGUGUGAACUACAGGCCUUUCGGUGAAAAAGAAGUGGUGAAUCGAAGAAAAUCAGUGGCAACGGCAACAGCCAAACCUUACAAUAGUCAAUUCAACUCAAAUCAGGUUUCCAUGUCGCGAAUCAGUAAAUCUAAGCAUGACGAUAUAGGUGACAGUUCAAACUCAUCAGAUGGUCACAAAGUUCGUCCAGAACAAAGGGUGGAAGAAGUACGAAUCGAAGAUGUUGUAAGUGAAAAGGGAUCGAAUUCAGAUUAUAGUCCAGCUUCAAGUAGACUAUCGAAUUCGGAUACUGAUACGAAUUUACCAAGACCGAUGAUGGAAACCAAGAGAAGUCCAAAUUUCCCUUUGGACAAUUCGAGAUUGCACGGCAUGCAUCCAACUCCGUACGGAAUCGAGCCGAAGAUCAAUAUUCCACGCAAGCUCGAGAUAAAUAGGCAACAGGAGAGGAAGAUUGACAACAGUGACGACGUAAUAAUAGAAGAUCCAUCGAAGCGAUUGCAUCAACCGUAUCAGCCGUAUCAACAGCAACCAACAAGGCCACAACCGCGUCCAGCCGCACCUCGAGCUGAAACGAGCAAAUCAACUCCUGCUCCAACGGGAGCAAAACCAACAAUGGAAAUGGAGAGUCAACCGCUUUCUGGAUAUCCUUAUGCGCAAUACCCAAGAUAUUAUGAUUAUACGGAUCCAAGAACGAGGCCACUCGCUGAUCCUUAUGCUUCAUACUAUGCACAAACGGCAACGAAACCAACAGAUGAGAAGCCAACGAAAAGUAGUAACAGUGGCGAGGCAGCGACUUUCUCAAGGCCGACGAAGGAAACUACGCCCGCUAAACCUUCAGAUACAACGUCCACUACUAGUAAUAGUAGUACGCCAAUGAGGGAAGAUCCUCAUGGACCAACUGCAUUUAGUCAUCCGUCGAGCGUCAGACCGGCUUAUGCACCUGGACCUUAUCCACCUUAUGAUCCUUAUGCUCAGCAUUAUCCUGCACCUGGUGGUAGUGCGACUUAUUCUGCUGGAGCAGCGGCAACGGCGGCAACUUAUCCAGCUUACGGUACAGCAAGUUACAACGCUGAUUACGCACGUAUGUAUCCAGCCUUUCCACCGCCACCACCGACAGCAGCAGAUCCGUACAGAAGUUAUGGCCCACCACCUCCAUCUGCGGCAGGACCACCGUCGAAUUACUACGCGCCUUUUCCACAUCCACCGCCACCUCCUUAUCCAAACUACUCAUUCUUGCCACCAUAUCCUAACCCAGGAGUUCCAGCUGAGCCACAACCGCCGGCUUCUUAAUCUUUUGGGUGGUUACGAUACUUAAGUUUUUGCGAUGGAGUUUGGUAAACUUUAUACGUUGAGAAGAAAUCGAAAAUUUGCGGUUUGAUUACUUGAAAUGCGUCUCAAUGAUACUGAAGAUAAUAUUUUUUAAUAUCAGUUUUUUUAUGCAUAAAAAAUAUUCAUAAUGAAUUUAAUAGGAAACGAGUUUUUGGUAGAAAAGGAAUUGUAAAUGAAAGAAUGCUGCUUCUUGUCAGCCAUCAAAUUUUCUAUUUGUUAAAAUGGAUUAAUUUUAAAGAUAAAGAUUUUACCAAACUCCUAAUCGUACCGACUGAUUUGUAAGAUCAUCAUUCAUUCUCCGACAGAAUUGAGAUUUUCUUUUUUAUCAAGUAAUCAGUGGUUAAUAAACUUGAUAAUGCACAAAUUAUCUCGAAAGUCGAAGACCGAAUGAUACCAAGCUGUAAGAAAAAAAAAAGCUUCAGUAUAGGAAUCGGCAUAGAAGGGCAGCCGCUAUCGGCUUAGUUAAUUAUAAUUAAGUGUCAGUUUCUUUUUAUAUGUAUACUCUUAGAUAGUGCGAUUAAAAGUUGUACAUUAUGAUGCGAGCGAACACACAAGCAAGUAUAAGUAAAUAUAGGUAGAUUAUAUUAUAGGCUUUAUAUCAGAGUUGACGAAUUUCUUACUUCACAAAGAACAUUGAGUGCAAUUAGUUGACAAACAAGUAACAUUUUUCGUCGUUAAUAUUAUAAGUGUGAGGCAAUACAAAUGCCUCGCCAGAGGUCGAGUCACUCGCCGACUUUUAAUUCUCAUAUUUCGUUUUUUCAAUAUAUUCUUUUUUCUGUUUGAGCAUUGAUGGUAAUCAAAGCCUAAGAGAAUGAAACUGACCGUUUAUAUAUACAUAUAUUAGAAAUCUAAUAUAUACUCAAAAGUAUAUAAACAACUUGUCCAAGUAGCUGUAACUGUUACGUGUUACUCGUCGUAAUGUUGUCGCAGACAUUUUUUACAAGCAUAUUAUAUACGUUUCUAUUCGUGAACGUAAAUAGUAAAAAACUUACGGGAAUAAAAAAACAGUAUUCGUUAUAGCCAGCCAGUAACAAAAGUGCUUUGAAUUGACAAACUUACUGUAAUAAAAAGUAUAUAAAAAAGUAGACACGUCGUCGCUUGUUUAGAGACAAAAUUCGCGCUGUACGAGAAUGGAAAACUCGAGGAUUAUUGAAGUGGCGGCCUAAAAAUCGUCAUCACUCGCGUUUUUGAAUACUGUGAUAAUUUUUGUUUUUUGUCUCGCAACUUGCGAUCGAUCACGACUCUUUGUUGAACUGUCCUCUCUUUUCUAUGUUCUCUUUUCUUUAUUGAAACACAAUUCACGACCUGUUACUAACGUAAGGCAGCUGUAGGUGCAUGAUUUUUCCUAUAUUAUACAUGUAUGUGUGUGUGUGUGUGUGUGAUGAGAUGGUGAAAAUUGAUAGUGUUGUAAGAAAAAUACGUGGAGAUUCAGAGUUUGUUAAUUUCUUCUCUGUUAUCUUUAUAAGAAUGUGUUAUGGAGUGAAAGAUUUUUAUUGGCACAGUGGUCGUUAGGUUGGGUUUUAUAGUAUUUCUUUUUGCAAAGAUUUCUUUUGUUAUACGACGUUGUUUAAAGAUUGCAUAUUUUAUUUCAUAAGAAAUAAAGAAGCGUAUUUAUUCGGGUACGAAUAAGAUUUUGUAAAAUUUUCUUAUUUGAUGGAAACUCAAUUGAAAAAACAAUCUUCUUUUGCGAAUUUUUAUCGAGAGACGAGUAAUGAUAAUUAGGUAAAUUUUAUCAAUGUUAAAUGAUUAUUAGAUGAGUAUGUGAAAAAUACAAUUUACUCUAAUGCAUUUAUCACAUGGACUUUUCAGUGGAAAACACAGGUAGCUUUGAAUGAAAAUCGUGCUAAAAGAAACGUGGUGACUCGGCCCAUCCUGGCUUAUUAAUUUUUAUUUGAAUUGAGAACUAUACACAGUAACAAUGUAACAAAAAUAUUCAACGUUUUACAUUUAAAAUGUACAUAUAUAUAGAAAUUAUCUUGUACUAAAAUUCUAAUUUUUUUGUGAACAAUUAGCCUGUUAAAAAAUAUGUUAAAAAUUGAAUUGUCUUCUAAUGCGUGGUAUUUGUCCUUUUGAAUGCGUCAUAGAUUACUUAGAUAAUAUUUAGUUCAAUGAUUUUUUUGGAAAAAAAAUUAACCGCCGAAAUUGGCGUAAAAGGUAAAAAGAGAAAGCGCGAUACUUGCAAUGAUUGUACAGACAUCAGUAUCCUGAAUAAUUAGGCUAUACAAAAUAAACGUACAGUAAGAGUAAGUAAAAAGAAUUUUAGUAAUAAUAAGUAUAAUUGAAUGAUAGUAUAUAACGUUUAUUGAAUUACAUGAGUAAAUGUGUAUAGUCCGACAACAACAACAAAAUCAGAAAAGAUAAAACAAUUUUUACUCUAUCGACGAAUGAAGCGGUCUCUUUUCCUUUUUCAUAGAUUAUUUGCCAUUUGCGUAUUUUGUAAAUAGCCAUUAUUUACAUUUCAUACUUAUUUAUUAUUGACUCUGCGUCGUAUGCGAUGUCGAAAAACGACUGCGACGAUGUUAACACAAUUAUCGCUUUUCUCGAUGUUGGAGUAUCUUAUGUAAAAUAAAUUGUUUAUACCAUAUGCCUCACCUCUAUUUUUUGUACGUACCUUUUGCUAAUAUAGAACUAUUUUUCUUCUAUUAUAAAAAUUUUCGAGGUUCAUAUUGAAUUACCAUAACUGAAUCAGUGAACACGCAUACCUGUUAAAUUACAACUUCGAUUUCGGACAAUUUUUACAUUGAAAAAAAAACAAAGUAAAGCUCUUUAUAAAGUGCGGCGUUGUCUAUAAGAUGGGUUUCGAUAGACAAUGACAAGCAUACAAGAAAAAUAACGUUGAAUGUUAAUGAAACGAAUUAAAUAUUACUAUUUUUACAUUUAACUUUCAUAGAUAGGUCAUUGAACAACUAGAGAAAAACAAAAUUUAUUGCCGUUUCAUACACAUAUGCGUGACGACGUUGUAAGCUUUUUCCGGAAAAAAAUCUCUGUAUAAGAUAAUAAUUUUUUUGGUGGUCUUUAUUAUGGUAAGCGCUUUCUUCUUAUGUUUCAUAUUGCCCUUACGUUAGGUGUGAUCUAAGACCUGAGAUGGACAAGUUGUACAAGGGACAUUUACAAAGCUUACAAUUGCGUUAGCUCUCGAAGUAUCGUGUACUCAAUAUAUUUUAUUCAAUUGUUAAAACCAACUGUUCAAUGGCUAAGGUUCGUUAUAAUGAACUGUGAAUAAAUUUUCCAUUGCGUUAAGCUUCAAUAAAGAAGAAAAUAAAUGAAAAUAUACAUUGUUUGAUCUUCAGCAAUUAUUCGUUAUAAAUAGCUGACCUUUAACAGAUUAGUUAAUUGUUUUUUUUCGAAAUUGCUGAAAAUUCUA